GCGCUUCGGCAACGUCAAAAUACCCACGGAAGCGCAGCUCGAAGAACACAUGGUGUCGAGCGGAGCGCGCUUCGCGCGACAGCAAAUGAAAGGAACGAUGUUCCAAGAAGAAGGAUACGUGCGCAACGUCAUGUACAACGACGUGUCAGCAGAAUCCACGUGCGGACUUUUGCGUAGUAUCUGCCUACCGUCAAUGAAAGGCGGCUAUUACAUCGUGCACGCCGCGAUUUCCAAGGCGUCGGGCUCCAUCCUGGCUGGUCAUUGCCUCUGCCCCGCAGGCCUGAGCGGCACAUGCAACAUUUUGUUGGGUUAAUCCUUCAUGCCAUUCACUUGGCGCAAAAGGAUGCGGCAACGUGCACGGAAGUUCCAUGUGCUUGGAUUGUUCCUGCCCAAGUCAAAAAGCAUGAGCCACCUCUGCCUCUGCAAGACAUCACUUUUCACACAAGGAAACAUGAAGGUGCGAAAAGGCGGCGGUUUGAUCCACUGCCAGGGCUCUCACCGAGUGACCCAUCUCUGCUUGCUGCCGAUCUCGAAAAGGUGGCAGCAAACUGCCUGCUUCUCCGUUAUAUGAGCAAAGAAAACUCAGGAGAAUCACUUGAUGAACACAGUCCCAGUGAAGUGGCACCAGAAGCUUCAGACACUCCACUGGUCCCAGACAUUGAAGACAUCCACAGUGAGACCUGUCAAAGACUCAUACAAGAGAGGUUUGAUGCUAUACAGGCCCUCUCGGUGGACAGCAGAGCAGUUGUUCUCGAGUCGACGAUUGGACAGGCCGCAAAUCCAACCUGGCACAUGGAGCGGAUUGGUCGGCUAACUGCCUCAAUGUUUAAAAGAAUUGUGCGGUGCCGGAAACCUGACAGUAUUGUUAAAGAGAUACUUUACCCGCGGAGCUAUAAAACUGAAGCCAUGCACUAUGGAAAUGUGCACGAGCCAGAUGCCGUUCAGGCAUAUGAACAGCUAAUGGCCUGCAUGGAUAAGACCAUAACUGUGGGAUAUACAGGCCUGCACGUGCAUGCUGAGCAUCCGUUUAUUGCUGCAUCCCCAGAUAGACUGGUAUUUGAGGGCAGUGACAUGGGGCUGCUAGAAGUUAAAUGCCCGUUUUCUUUCAAAGGAAAAAGUAUCGAAGAAGCUGCAGCUUCUCCAAAGUUUUGUUGUAGGGCAACAGGUAAUGAAAUUACAUUGAAAAGGGAGCACGAAUACUAUUACCAGUUGCAGGGCCAAAUGGCAGUGACAGGACUUAGCUGGUGCGACUUCGUUGUGUGGACUAAUGCAGCAUCCAUUGCAUCCUCCUUACACGUCGAAAGGAUUUUCUUUGAUGAGGCCAUGUGGUCUCAGGAAAUAUUGCCAGCACUACUGAAUUUCUAUAGGAAUGCUGUGCUAGCUGAGGAGCUGACCCAGCGAAUUAGAAGAGGGCUUCCCCUGUAUAGUUCUGCCAGGUAUGUUGGCACUGCAAAAAUAUGUACACCACAAAGAGAAUGA